AAACAUACAAAUCGAAUCUUUGUUGGAGUUUGUUUUAUAUAGCUUUAUUCUUGACAACUAGAUGUCGCGAUUGUUUGUUUGGAUUAGGCAAGCAGACAACAAUCGGUUUCAAACUUUGUCAGUGUUUGUUUUCAGUCACCAGCAGUGGACUUGCUUGUUAUCUUUGUGCCUAGUGUAAAGUUAAGUCUGCUGUGUCUGUGCAUUUUAAAUAAUUCAACAAUUCUUUCGGAUAGUUAUAAUGAUUCAAUUCUCGGUAUUUUUAGUAUUGGUAGUAAAUUGUUUCGUGUUCUGCCAUGCUUCAAAAAUAUUAGUGCUAAGUCCUGUUGCCUCCAAGAGUCAUAAAAUUUCAAUGAUGCCAAUUGUCCGAGCUUUAGCUCAACGUAAUCAUCAUGUAACGAUUGUAACAUCACACUCGCAAGAAGAAUAUCUAGAAAAUGUUCACGAUAUUGUGGUGCCUAAUCCUUACAUGAAUGAUGGAAAGUUUGAUUGGUUUGCAAUGAACUCAAUUAAUCCAUUCGUAUUGCAAUUUAAAAUCUUUUACAACUUUGCUACUAUAUCAAAAUUCAAUUAUGAAGCAGUGAUGAACAAUCCAGAAUUCUUACUUGUCCUAAAAAGACGUGAAAUUGACCUUGUAAUUUUGGAUGAUAGUUUUAAUGAUUUCUGUCUUAAAAUUAUUGAAGACCUUAAAGUUCCUUUCGUGUACUUCAGUUCAUCCACUGGGUAUCCUUGGGUUUUUAACUCAAUGGGGGCAUCCCAAGAACUUUCCAGUGUCCCAAGUCGUUUUACUGGGUACGACAGUACCAUGAAUUUCAAACAACGCAUAUUCAAUACUUUGGCUGGACUUGGAGCCCAAAUAUUGAGAAGUUUAAUUGUAAUUCCUGCAAUUGAUGCCUAUACUAAAAAGGAUUUUCCAUCAGCUCGCUCGAUUUCUGAUAUCGAGAAAGAUGCCAGCUUGUACUUCCUUAGUAGUCAGUGGGCCACAACUUGGCCCAGAUCUGUACCACCAACAGUCAUACAACUUGGUCCCCUUCAUAUUCGUCCACCUCAAACACUUCCUCAGGCUAUGGAUCGUUUUAUAAGGGAGUUUGAGAAAGAUGGCUUUAUUCUAUUUACUCUGGGAUCGAUCCCAUCAUCCAAAUUCAUGCCUAAGAAAUACGUUCAAACUUUUGUGAAAGUCUUUUCUCAAAUUCCUCAAAGAGUAAUCUGGAAGUGGGAUGAUUCGAGUGAAAUACCAGAGAAUCUUUCAGCGAAUGUUUUGCUUGUUGAUUGGUUACCUCAGCAAGAUCUGCUAGGUCACUCCGCUAUUCGAUUGUUUAUCACUCACGGGGGGUUUUUAGGAAUGCAAGAAGCGUUAUAUCACUCUGUCCCUUUACUUGCUUUGCCCUUUGGCACUGAUCAGUAUCUAAACUCUGCUAAAGUGAGAAAAGAAGGCUGCGGAUUACACCUAGACUGGGACAAUCUAGAUGAGGCAACUUUAUUCACUUCAAUCACAAGCAUAAUAAAUAAUUCAAGUUUCAAAGAUAAUACUCGACGACUGUCCCUUUUGAUGCACGAAGAAUUCCUUAAAGGCCAAGAUACAGCUGUUAAAUGGAUUGAGCAUGUCAUCCGUUUUAAUGGGACGAAACACUUGAAACCAACAUCCCAAAACAUUCCAUUUUAUCAACUGUAUCUUUUGGAUGUUGGUUUAUUUCUAGUUGUCAUUAGUUUCAUCAUAGUUGUCGUUACAGCAAAUAUGGUGCGGUUUAUAAUAUGGUGCUUGUUAGCAAGUUUAAAAAUUUUUAAAACAACCCCUUCUUACAAGUCGAACUUAAAAAAAAUAACGUGAAUUUGUAGAGCCCGUUUCUCUAUCUUCCUUCCUUGCUCUUCUCUUGGGCCAUAAUACAAUAAUAAAGAUGUUAAAUUAUUGUUAGA